AUGUCGGUGUCAAUUAUUUCCUUUUUUUCAAGGGCAUAUUAUCGAGGGCUAAUGUUCAUUGAUACUGAUGAAUUGAUUGAAGAAGGUAUUUAUUGUGCUAAAGUUUUUUUUUAUGAAAUUAUUUCAUUUAUUUCAGAUAUUACCAAUAUCACCAAAAGUCAUUUAGUAGUAUUACUUUUAGCUAAUCAUUCAGUGCAAAGUGUGUUGCAAGAUUUAGCAGACUAUAUGUCUGGCAGCUUUAAAUACAAUGAGCCAUUUUGUGUUAUUUCAUUCUUUCCAAUGGAAGAUGAUUUUUUCUGAUUCUCACAAAAAGGAGGAAGGUGUUGGGUCUUAUGAAAAUACAAAAACUAUGAAAAUCUUACACACAGUGCCAGCACUGUAGUAGUGUUAUAUUAACCCUUUACCCAUUGGAGUGCAAGACCCUCCCAUUGGCGAGUAAAAUAGUCCAGCAUUAGACAUAGUAAAAAAAUAAAGUAGGGCGCAUUUGGGUGUAUUGCUGCGUAAGGGGAGAGUCUCACACUUUAAUGGGUUAACAAAACAAUCUGGCAAUGUGUAUUGUUAACCCUUUAAGCAACAAUGCACCUUAUUCUUUCACUCAGCAAUAAGCCAACCCCCCCUCCUGUGUCUGUCUAAUGCCAGCCGAUUUUACUUGUCAAGGGGAGAGUCUUGCACCUUAACAGAUUAAACAUAAUAAUUUUUCCCAAAGGAUUACGUUGAUAGUUAAUUGCAUUUAUAAAAUACACAGCCAAAACAAAUGUUGGUAUAUUUAGUUCUCAAUUCUUUUACAGAUAUACAACAGAAUGAUCGUAUUGUGAGGCCUCGAAGUAAAGUGAGGAGAAGUAUGUAUAUAAAUGACAUAACAAAUACCCAAGAAAUCAAGUGACAGAAUGCUUACACACUUGUUACUUUUGCUUAUUGGAUUCUUGUUUGUCCUACAUCGUAAUGCAAAUAUUUGCUUCCACAGGGGAGUUUUCAUUAUGCAUGUAUGGUAUGGAUUAGUUGGAGGCAGCAUUCUAUGUCCUAGCAACCUUUAAAUAUGCAAUUUGCUUUUGGCAACAGCAAAAUUCUCAUGACCCUACAAGGAAGAACCAAACCUUAUUGUUUUCCAUCUCCUUCCCUGGCAUACAGUCAAUGAAUACUUCUUGAUUUGGCUUAAUGAUUUCAUUGAUCCCCAAACCAUAAAAGUGUCUAAAGCUAUGGUUCGCAGAAAUGAGGCUAAUGAUGCAAAUAUUUGAAUUUCUGUUGUGCUAAACCUUUGUUAAAAUGACUGUUUCAUUCCAACCUUGGAUGACUGCUACAAUGACACUGUAAGUUUCAACUUUUCUUUCCAGAUCAAUAUUUAUUUUGAUUAUCUUUUACAAUUAUUAUAGGUAUUGAUUAUGAAUGCUUUGAGAAUGUUAAAACAGAUGGGAAGUUGCUGCACAACUUGCUUCUACAAGUAAUAAUAAUAUUAAUAUAAUAUCAUUUGAAAUUUUUUUGCAAGAACGUAGAAACAAUGCUAUACAAAAUGAUGAUGAAUUCUUGCUCCACGAAAAUCUAAUUCCGAAAAUCUACUUCUAAAUCAACUCAAUGAACAUUCAUGUUUUGUAGGUUCUGAUGAUUUCAUGUGUAUGCAUGAGUUAGUAGUUCAAACAGCAAAUCUGGAAGACGUAAUGGAGUCACCAGGAAUAACAAGUGAUGAAAAAAGUAAAACUUGUGAUGCAGAUAGUGCCAAGAAAUCCUUGAAUGAAUAUGAUGCUAAUGUUCAAGACAUCAUUAAACUACAAGAGCAUGUAAUAGCAACGCAGCACAAAAUUAUUUCAAGUGGGAGUUUCUUAGGUGGGCUGUUGUCAUUGUCAGAAAAAAAUGCUAUUAAAUCUGAAGUAAAUCAAGCGAAGCAAAUAUUCAACCUCGAGAUACAAGAAAACAAGAGGAAAGACAUAAGCGAAGUGUUCAAUCCACUCCUUUUCCAGCAAUUGCUCGUAGAUAUUAAGAAUGCAUUGGCAACCAUAACUGCUGUUCUGGAACUACUUGUACUGACAAACAAUACGUCACGAAAUGUUUUAAAAACAGAAAAUGUGAAGAUAAUAGAAUUGUAG